GGGACCGCCGUCGAUGCCCUCAAGGCCAAGCUUCAGGGGGAUUCAACCGCGGCCGAGAUCCUGACCCAGCGGUGCACGCAGACGCGGCUCGCUGGCGAAGGGAAGAAGCAAGCCCCCGUCCCCGACCGUCUCUCGAAGUCGUUCGAGGCCGUGUUCAGAGAGUUCCACGGUUGUGAGAAAGAAUGGGAAG